CUUAUUGUGUUGCUGUAAUAUGAGAGACCCUCAUAUCUGUUUUAUCGAUGGCUUUUUAUGUUUAUCUUGUGUAUAUCUCUUAUGUAGAAAAGAAAGCCAUAUCUUGGAACAUCGCCAAUUAUCUGGCCAUUCUUUGUUUUUCGAUAUGAGCUUUUUGAGAAUGUAUUGUUUCGAUUGCAAGGAUUAUGUAGCUGACCAAUUAUCUUCCUCAAUUAUUUCUUCUAUCUGUCGAUUAGAUUGGACAAAAAAGACUCGUCAAGUUUUGAAAAAGGCAUCGUUGCCUCCAACAGUAAAGAGACAACUUUUAUGGAUACCUUCUCAACAAGAGUUGGAGUGGAUCAAAGAAUACUCAGUCUCCCCGGAUGAAAAAGAAUCCACCCUGUUUCCCUAUCCAGGACUAUGUGGUUUGCUGAAUUUAGGAAACUCUUGUUACAUGAAUGCCAUUUUACAAGUUAUGUUACAUACACUGCCUUUGAAGCGAUAUUUUUUAUCCGAUUCUCAUCGCUCUACUUGUUCAUUUUCAAGAAACAUUCAAGAAUGUGCAGCUUGUGCCUUAGAUGAUUUGUUUAUGAAAGGAUUUCAUGAAAGUUUCGAAAAGGACUUGUCAGAAAGAGAAGCGUUGUCACCACAAUUUAUUUUAGAAAUUAUUUGGAGACAUUGUGAUUCUUUGGCCAGUUAUGCACAACAUGAUGCACACGAGUUUUUUAUCACCUUUGUAAAUGUUCUUAGACAACAUAUUAUUUGCGAAGAUGCUUGUCCAAAGAAGGAAAGGAAUGGAAUGAAAGUCAAUGGGAGAGAAGUCAUCGAUCAUUUAUUUUCUGGAGUUAUCGAAUCUCAUGUUUAUUGUGGUGGUUGCAAACGUUAUUCGGCAACUUUGGAAGAUUAUUUUGACAUUUCAUUGGAUUUGAAUCACUCUAGUCAAAUGGAGAAGGAAGAAAUGGAAUGCAAUGAAAGUGUUCGUACUUUACAAGAAUGUUUGACUUAUUUCACUAGUCCAGAGGAACUUGAUAAUGGAACCACACGAUAUUGUGAUUAUUGUCAACAACACACUUCAUUUUAUAAGAGAGUUGCUAUUCAAAGGUUACCUCAAAUAUUAUGUUUUCAUCUCAAGCGCUUUCAACAUGGAUUGGAUGGAAAAGGAGUUUCUUCCAAAAUUGAGUCAGAAAUUGGAUUUCCUAUUCGUAGUUUGGAUAUGUCACGUUACAUUUCUUCAGAAAUACUUGAAAGAAAUGAUUUACCUCAAGCAAGUCCUAUUGGAGUUGAAAGAGACGAUGAAGAAGAUAUUCAAUUCAAGUCCAUAAGCAAAGCAAAAAAGGAUGAUGAGAUAUCAUCAUCUUUUAUUCAAAACGAUUUUCCUUUAUCGGAAUCGAAGGAAUACUUAUGCAGUCGUUCAACCAAAGAACAGCUAUCAGAGUUGAACGAUGGCUCCAACAUGAAUACUUCAUUAUGGAAUAUUCAAAGUAACUAUAAUGAGGAGGAAAUAUUUUAUGACUUGUAUGCUGUUGUGAAUCAUAUUGGAAAGAUGGACCAUGGACAUUAUAUUACUUGGAUAAGGGAACAAAAUACUUGGUUGAAAUGUGAUGAUGAAGUCAUCAGUGUAGAACCCUUUUCUACAGAAAGUGUUGCAAGUAGUUCUCAAGCCUAUUUAAUGGAGGAUCAAAACGUGGGGUCAAUGACUUGUGGUUUUAUAGUGCCUUGUCGUUAUUUCCAUCUUUGGACUGGAAAGAGUUCUCGUCGUGGUUGGAUAAGAACAAACUGGAGUGGUAGACCUUUAGUCUCGUUCAAGUUACCAACCAAGUGCCUUGGGAACUAUUCUACUAUUCGUUCUUGUUUAGAGUCCAACGUUGCAAAACAGAAAGACAUACAUAACCGUGUUUUUACUGAUAAACUAUUCCUUACGCGUCAACAGUUGAACAGAUGUAAAAGCUCUCUUCAACUCUCUUAUCGUUCUACUUUGGAAGAGAUAGGGAUAUUGGAAUAUGGAGAUGUGAAAGAAGCUGUUGAAAUCAAGUUAUUGGUUCAAAAGUGCGGUAGUGAUUAUAUAGUAAAAAGUAGAGUGAAUACUUGUUUGACCUGUGAGUGUGAUCGUUGUUUAAACCCGUUUCGUUUAGCAGUGGAAGGUUAUUUUCAGUUGUUGCUUUCUUCUAACCCCAACGUCCAAGAAGUGGAUCACAGUGUUGUAGGAGGAGAAGAGAAGGAAACCCAGCAGUUGACGUCAACAACAGUGGUGGGUUUUGAAGACUUGGAAAUGGAAGUAUGGGAACCUUUUACUUCAGAUGUUGAUCAAGUCUCGUUGUAUUCUCAUGUAUAUGAUUCCGUUAUGUUAUCUUUGCCUAGUAAAAUAUUGUGUGAUGAAAGUUGUCCUGGUAUUCCUAUUGGAGAAUAUCGGAAGAAUGUGGUUUCGGAAAGUCUACUAUCCAUUUCUCAACAAGAUAAUGAGUCGUUAUCAGUGGAUACAGAAGAUAAGCCUGUUGGAUGGGAAGAUAUUUACCAACUGAAGAAUUACUUUGAAAACAGAAAGAAUUGUGGCAAAUAAAGAUUUUAUUUCCACAAUCAU